AUGGAUGAGUAUGAUUUUAAGAGAAAGUGGUUUGUUGGUGUUUUUGUUAGAGAAUAUUGCAUAUCUGAAAUUGACUCGAGGAACUGCAAAGUAAGAAACUGGUCUGUUGAUAUCUCCGCUGCUUGCUAUGCUGAGAAGAAAAGGUCUUGCAAAGAUCUUCUGUUAUACCACAUUGAACUUUCAAAGAGACAAAACAAGAUUAAUAAAGCAUUUCAUGGUGCAUCACGCACCUCUGGAUCUGGAUCACGCGCCUCUGGAUCUGGAUCGGCAUCACGCGCCUCUGGAUCUGGAUCACGCGCCUCUUCUUCACGCGCCAUCCCUCCGACUAAGGCUGCGGACCAAACUUUUGUUGAGGUAUCUGGAUCACGCGCCUCACUGCCAUCUGGAUCACAGUCCAUCUCUCGGACUAAGGUUGCAGGCCAAACUUUUCUUGAGAUAUCUGGAUCACGCGCCUCACUGCCAUCUGGAUCACGUGCCUCAGGAUCUGGAUCACGCGCCAUCUCUCGGACUAAGGUUGCAGGCCAAACUUUUCUUGAGGUUGAGGUUGCCGCUCCUCCGGUCACCGCCCCUCCGGCCGCAUAUGAUCCUCUCGCUCUCUCACUAGAGACAACUGGGCUUCCGCUUCAGAUUGCACCGUCCCGUGGGCACUUUUUUUCACAGCUGGUUGUCGCUGAAGAUUUCCGGCUGUCAUUUCUGAGCAUACAGCAGAUGAAGACCAUCGUAUUUUACUACAGCCAUAUCUUGAGGAUAGAGGGUUAUGAUUCGAAGAGCCACGCUGUGCUGUCUUCCUUUGUGAGCUGUAGGAUGAUGCCGAGGAUGACGAUACAGCAGGAACUUGAGGCUGCACGGAAUCGGGUGAGGUUCGAUCAAGGGGAGAGAUGUAGGGGGACAUAUGCAGGCCUUUUUCUGACAUUGCUGAGGACAGUCGCCCAAUUGUGGGUUGAGUUGGAGGCACAGCAUUUCAGUUUGUCGAGGGUGCUAUCUAUCAGGAAGGAGAGUUUGAAGAUGUACUGCCAAAUAUUUGACGCGAGUCUCCUUUAGGAUGGUUGACCACCUAGCAAAAUAUUUCUCGGAGUAGACAUUGCAUGAGGUUCUCCUAGCAACAUAAAGAGAAAAGAAACAUAAGGUUCAAUGUGUAUGUGAGGAUACUGGCAUGGAGAAAGCUAUGGACAACUCUCAGUAGAGCAAACCGAAGUGGAUAAUUACUCAAAACCACGAGAAACCUGACAUUAAUUAAAACAGCUCUUACUUAUUGCUAUGAACCUCAAUCAGUACUUAUUUUGUUGGAUCCCCAAAAGCUUAACAUUUUAAUAUCCUGCGGUUAUCAAAACUUACAAAGUGGCAGUCUGAUUUCUGAGCAGCAAUUAGUGGUGCGGCAAUCCCAAAACUUAAAGAGACAAACCUUCUAUAGGUGCAUUUUCCGGAAUUGCAGGUUGUACACCUUCUAUAGCUAGUCAGUGACAAACAAGUCCAGUAUCAAGUGGUGCUUUUGGUAAAGGAGCUUCCGAUCACCUAAAUCAAACAAAAUAUCGAGCAUUUACUAUAGAACGUACAAAACCAAGUAGAAAGUGCUAUUAGUUUACUCACUAGUUCUUGCAUCUUCAAAAUCCACAUCCUUGUCAUCGAUGUAAGACAAAUCCCUAUGUCCAACUGCUUUUUUGAAACGCAAGGGGCCUCCAGACACAAAACCAUUUAGUGGUUGGUGA